CUCUGUUUUAAAUCAUUCUUUCUUUCUUGAGAAAACAUGAAUAUCAUCAUCUCUCCUUCAUCAUCACCACCACCAUUGUUACCUCUCAAAUCAAACACAAGCUUCGAUUUAAACAGCAAGAUCACUCCAAACAUUCUCCUAAUAAUCAUAAUCCUCUCCAUCAUCUUCUUCAUCUCUGGUCUUCUCCACAUCCUUGUCAAGUUCCUCCUCACACCAUCAACACAAAACAGAGAAGAUUACUUCGACAACGUUACAGCUCUUCAAGGCCAGCUUCAGCAACUCUUUAGCCUCCAUGAUUCUGGCGUUGACCAGUCUUUAAUCGACACGUUACCUGUUUUUCAAUACAAAUCCAUCAUGGGUCUCAAAAUCUCUCCUUUUGAUUGUCCUGUUUGUCUCUGUGAGUUCGAAACAGAGGACAAACUUAGACUCUUGCCUGAAUGUAGCCAUGCUUUUCACGUUGACUGUAUCGAUACGUGGCUUCUCUCUCACUCGACUUGUCCCUUGUGUAGAUCUAACCUCCUGUCUGGUUUCUCAUCUCAUCACAACCCAAGCUCCUCGUAUUUACUUGUUCUUGAGAGUGGACAAAGCUCGAGAGACAUGGUUCCUGUUCUUGAUUCCAAUUCUUGUUUAGGUUUUGAUGGGAACAAUGAUUUUGGGUCGACCCGGGUUAGGUCGGGUCGUAAAUCAUGCGACCCGGAUGUUGAAUUGGGUGGUUUGGAUGGAAAGGUUGUUCCUUUACAAGUUAAGCUAGGGAAGUUUAGGAACAUAGAUCAUGUUGGUGAAGGAAGUAACAAUAACAAUAAUAGCAUAAGUGGUAGUAGCAAUUUAGAUGGAAGAAGGUGUUUCUCAAUGGGCUCAUAUGAGUAUAUUAUGGACCAAGAAGCUACACUUAAGGUUCACGUCUCGGUCAAGAAACUAUCCGGAAAAGAUUGUCGCUUGCCCGGGCACAGGGCCGCUAUGUCUGAAUGCGGUUUUGAUCCAACGGUUAAGGGAAUCGAGAAGAGUGUUGUGGAAAGAGAAAGCUUUUCUUUGUCAAAAAUUUGGCUAAGGGGUAAAAAGGAGAAGCAAAUAGGUACUAGUGCUAAAGAUCAGGAUUGUUCUUCGGUGUCUUCCUCUUCAAUCCGAUUUCCAAACAAAAUGAUACCUUUAGAGAUCGAUGAAGAGAAUCAAAAGAGCGAAAAUUCGGAAUCUUUAGAGAUGAAAACGCCAUCUUUUGCUAGGAGGACCAUGCUUUGGCUUGCAGGGAGACAAACCAAGGCUGUUCAUCCUUCUACAUCCCAUGUUUAGGUUUUUCUUGUAUAAAGUUUUGUUCUUUCUUCACAAUUGUGUUUUUUCUUACUUCUUAGGCACAUUGAAAACUUGGUGGCUUUUAUCAGAGAUUCAGAGUCUUGUUUAAUUAAUGUAGGUUAUGACAUUUUCCAUUAAUUCAAGAAAAUAAUUGUGAAGGUGAGGUUCA